AUGUCGGACGCAGAGGACAGAGAUCCACAAAGAGACUCUGAUGACGAUGAGGAGGAGACAGAUGAGGAAGAUGAUCUCGUAAAACUCGCCAUCUCCGAUUUGAAGAAGACUUUUGACAGCGAGGCCGACGAGGAGCAUGUUGACAAGUUCUUUCGCCACCAUGGAGAGACUGUCAAGCACUUUAGCGAAGACGGCGUAACCUUCUUGCACCGAAUUGUCCAAUUGGUCAAAGACAAGGCAGUCAACGCACAACACGUCAGGCCGUCAGUCGAGAGAAUAGUCGCCCAAUAUCCGGAUCAUUUGAAGACUAGGAACGACGACGGACAGACUCCUCUAUACCAGGCUAUCCACCUCAGAAGAUACACCUGGAAGUUGGUCGGUUUUAUGCUGAAUAGCUGUUCUGAUCCCAAAUGCAUCGAAGACGCGCUCGAGUCUCCAUGUGGCGAAGGAGACUCCGCAAAGACUUGUCUCACAUUGGCAUUCGAGAAGGACCUCAGACUCAAAGCGCUACAGAUCUUGGUUCAAUUCGCUAGCGAAAGAGCUUUGGAGGCUAAGGAUGGUUCUGGAAGGACGCCAUUCCACUGGGCAGUUCAGUACUCUCAGUGUACUGACGAGAGGGUCGAUGUCAUCAAGCUUCUGCUGGAGAAGGAUCGCGAGGCUGUCACCAAAUUGAGGGAGACGGCGAGUUUGAGACCUGUUGACACUUUCUUGGACAUCAAGUACGUGAGGAGAGAAGACUCGAUUGAGUACUCCGUCUACGGUGAGUAUGAAAGAACAGCAGAAGUCUACCUUGCUGAGGAACUCGCACGAAAAGAGCGAGAGGCUAGAGUGCGGGAAGCCAAAGUGCAAGAGGCAGAAGAUGAGAGAGCAGAGUCCAAGACAUCCACUGUCAACGUCACGGUGAGAGAAAGGGAGUCUCCUAAAGCAGGUCUGCGCGGAAAAGAUCCAAAAGCUCAGAUCGGGCCCGAACGCGACAGUGGAUGGAAGAGACCCGAGAGGGAUCACGACAGAAGAAAGCCAGAUGCAGACAUGCUGGAUGAGCGUGAGAGGUUGCGACAGCAGCUCAAAGAGGAGGAGAAAGAAGAACAAGACAGACGGGCGAGGGAAGAGAGGAAUUGGCGAGAUCAAGCACCCGAACGAGAGGUUUCCAGCACAAGACACCAUGCCAAAAACGAGAGACGAUUCGACCAUGCGACAGGUGUUCCAAGGGUAGAGACUGGAUUUACAGGAGGAGACAAUGCACCAAACACUCCGUUGAAGAGAGUUGCAACAGGAAGAUUGGGCGCUAGCGACGACAAGAGGAGGAGGGAGAAGAAGGCGGUUUCGUCGAGCAAGACUUCAUCCAAAAAGCCCAACCCAAAGAUUUGCUUCGACUAUGAGGGCCUCCCGUCUGAGAUACAAGCUCACGUCUUCAACGAACGAUUCGGAAAGGAUCGUAACAGCGGUAUCCAAUUCGACGAAGUCCUGAUGUACGUGAGAUUCCCAGAUGUGACGGUGAUACACAGCGGACGAAGAGCGCCCAAACCUCGAGCCCUGGGCCGACAGGACAUGGAGUUUUUCUUUGACUGGCUCUAUGCCAAGGGCGUCCGUCGCAUUCUCAAACUCGAAGUUGAAGACAGCGGCAAGAUUCCUCAUAGCGAUGAGGCGAUCCAGAUUUCGCUUGAUAAGAUCAUGAUUGAGCAUUUGGACUGGCAAAAGUCUGACCUUGAUCCUCGCGUCAUCUGUAAUAUCAGCAGCAAGGCUGACAGGUCAUCUGUCUCCAGUGAUGAUUCUGAUGACGGGGCUAAGAACAUACUCAGAGAAGUAACUCUCAAGUGGAGUGGCAAUAACGCUGUGUUAAGGGCCUGGAGCGAGCCGGAGGGAUUGCCACAGCUUCAGAAGCUCGAGGUCAUCAAUCUUUGCAUUCCGCCCCAUUCUGAUCUCUAUGAUACCAGGAGUUGGGUGCAGAAGAACCUCGAAGAGUUCCGAGCUCGCCUCAACAAGAAUGUCAAUCUCAUCCGCAAUGUCACGACAGCAGACGCUGUUUCUGCAGGACCAUUUGAGGAAACACACAGCUCGACACCAGCGGUCAUUGCAAGAGAAGGAAAGAAGGGAACUGAAAUUCAAGUGUCUAGCGGCUCCUCCAAGACUUCUGCUAGAACCAACCCAGUCACUGAGCAUCAAUGGUUGACCUGCAUGGAGAGAUUCUCCGGGUGCAUGGGCCGUUUCUGGAAAGACACCAUCGAAACUUCUCGGGAAAGGCUCGGUCAAGGAGCGUCAGCCGUAGAUGGCCAGGCCGCGGCUGAUCUCGAAAGGCUGAGCAAGGACGUUGUUGUCGCGCUGAUCGAUGAUGGCGUUGACUCAUGUGAUCCGGCGUUUUCAGGGCGUGCCAUCGAGGGCAAGACUUUCGACUACCAAGAUGGAGGUGUUGGACAGUAUUACAUCUCUGCCAAGGGCCACGGUACCGAGAUGGCUAGAAUGAUCCUGAAGGUGUGUCCUAUGGCGAGCAUCUACUCGAUUCGGCUCAAGACACAUAUCAGCCCUGAAAAGGGACACUCAACAAUAGACGCUGCCUCUGCAGCUUUCGCUAUCGAGGCCGCUCUGGAAAAGAAGGCAUCUAUCAUCUCCAUGUCUUGGACGAUACCCGUACCUGAAGAUGGAAGCAAAGAAAAGCAGCUGCUAGAUGCCGUGCUAGAGAGAGCCUGCAGGCAAAAGGUUCUCAUGUUCUGCUCCUCAUCAGACCAGAUCAACGCAACGGAGCAUUACCCAUCAGCUUACAAGCGUCAGCGAUUCUUCCUCAUCGGAGCUGCCCAUGAUGAUGGCAGUGCUUAUGGUCACGCUGGAAAGGACAACGAUUUCAUCUUCCCGGGAGUGAGCGUCAACACUAACGGGGGUAACAGUUUGCCCCUCUACCUGGCCGACAAGACCUCUUCAACCAAGGAAUCAACCGGCUCUAGCAUUGCCACGGCCUUGGCAGCAGGCUUAGCUGCCAUGAUCACUUACUGCUUCAAGGCCAGUGCUUUGGGCAUUGUCUCAGCUAGGACCCAACAAGGAAAGGACUACAUAUCUGGAUCCGAACUUGUCAAGCCAGGAGAUGUGGACAGAAUUGCCGAGCAUGAAGUUCUCAAGGCAGCCUUCGGCAGAUUUGGUAAUAUGGAAAACGGCCAGUUCAUUCCAGUUUGGAACAGAUUUGGGCCUGCAAGUGAUGUGUUGGAGGGCGAGAUCAAGUAUGAAAGCAAGCUCACUUGUGUCAUGAAUCUCUACUCAAACCUCAUUGAGCGUUAG